UGGAGAAUCAUUAAGUAGAUUUUAUUGAGAACAAUAUCUAUCAUAUAGUAUUUAGACUACUACGGAAUAUUUCAUAUUUGUUCUUAACUUUAAAAAAAAGUUUUUUCAAUGUGGUUGCAAAUAAUAAAAAGUAAAAGAUGUGAUGUCAUUUAAAUUAUAAAGUUGGUUAUUUUUUAUCUACAUAGAAAUUUUUUUUUUGCGUUAAACACGUAAAAAUGAAAUUAUUAUUUUUAUUUUUAUUAAUAACUUUUACAAGAGCUGAAAAAUUGGAAAAAGUCAAAGGAACGUCUGGAGCAUUUUCAGAUCUUGUCAUUGACAGUAAAGGAAGAUGGUAUAUUGUGAAAGAUAAAAAAUUAUCAACAUGUUUAUUAACAUCUAAUGAAAAUAUUUCAUGUCAAAGAAUAAAUCUACCAUCAAAAAAAUCAGUUCACAAAGGUUUGGGAAUAGAUCAAUUUGACAAUAUAUAUGUUCAAGAUAAUGCAUUAAAAAUUUUCAUUGUAACACCUCUACUUAAUGGAACUUUUGUUUUUGACAAUGUAACAAAUUAUCACAAUAAAAAAUUAGUCAGUAGACCUUUUGCACUCGGUGAAAAUAUAGUUCAUUUUGCAAUUGAUAAACAAUUAAUGCAUUUAAAAAAUGGUGAAGAAUACACGUCAAAUAUUGAAAUUCCAUUUUAUUCGAAAAAAAAAAUUACCAAUUGGAUACGUUCUAAUAAUACGAGAUUUGGUUCAGAAUAUGAAUACACAUAUUUUAGUAUUGGCACUCCUAGACAUUGGGUUUAUAUAAAAUAUGGUCAUUUUAUUAAACCGGUUGCGCAAAUGUUAUCUUUUGUUAAGAAAAUGAAUGCAAUGGAUGAUCAUAUUUAUUGUAUUGUUAAUGGUGAAAAACAAGUGAAAUUAAUAUAUUUUCGUGAUACAAUGUAUAUUUCAACAGCAAUGAAUAAAGAAUCAUCGUAUGUUACAACAAUAGAUGGAAUAGAUCUUUCUAAUGUUGAUAUUGAUGAUGAUUUUUUAUUAUAUUCACCAGAACAUAAAAAAACUUACAUUUAUGGUAAUAUUAAUAAUAAAGGAAUUGUUUAUAAAUUAAAUGAGGAGGUAAUUGAGGGAAAAUUUAAAACAAAAGUUAUAGCCGAAUAUAAUUUUGAUAAUAAUGUACGAAUUCUUUGUGGUGCGAAUGGAAAUAAUAAAUUUUAUUUUGGUACAACUGAUGGAGUUUAUGAAAUGAAAGUCGAAAUGUUAUAAAUCUCCUUUAAAAAAAAAAAAAAGAAACGAAAAUACUUUUCGUUCUCAAAAGUUCCUUCACUCGAUUUAUAAUACAUGCAUCACUUGUUUCUAUUAUUUGGUAAUAAUAAAUAUUUUCCAUAAGAGAAAAUCCGCGGGUUUCGUUUGAAACGCUUGAUAUAUCAAAAUAUCGUUUUAUUAUUCACAAUCUAAAAAUCACAACUAUUGUCAAUUAACUGUUUUUUAUAUAAUAAAGAAAUAAAAAA